GCCGCCGCUCCCUCUUCGCCGCCUCUCUGGGCGCGCUUGUGUGUGCGAGCACAGAAGUGUGCGUGUGUGUGUGUGCGCGCAGCCCGCACACAUGUCCCUCACGCACAACUCUCCCGUGGGUGCCCCAGGGCUUCCCCCCGGCAGCUUCCAGCCCGCUCCCCGCGCUUCCCCGCCGGGUCUCAGCCUGGCGGCGAGGCCUGCUCAGGGAGUGAGGGGAGCUGCGGUACGGGGACGGGGGAUGGGGCAGGGAGAAGGCGAUUGAUGGAUCAGAGUCGACGUUUCCACUGAGUGCCGCUGUGCGCGGGCGGGGAGAGGGGAGUACGGCUCUGAAAAUACUUCAUCUGAAAUUUCAGACUGGACAGACUCGCAGUGGCUUCUAAGCCAGUGAGAACAAGGCUGCCAAAGCAUGCUGGUGCCAAACUGUCGGAUGAUGCACGUAGUCAGGCCAGUGGUGGUUCUUCUGUGCUUGCUGCUCUAUGCUGAUGCUGAAACACCACCAAAGUUUACAAGAACUCCCGUUGACCAGACAGGGGUUUCAGGAGGAGUUGCCUCAUUCAUCUGUCAAGCCACAGGAGAUCCAAGACCUAAAAUUGUCUGGAACAAAAAAGGAAAGAAAGUCAGCAAUCAGAGAUUUGAGGUAGUAAUAGAGUUUGAUGAUGGAUCUGGAUCAGUUCUCAGAAUACAACCACUGCGCACACCCCGAGAUGAAGCUAUUUAUGAAUGUGUGGCUUCCAACACUGUUGGCGAAAUAAGCGUGUCCACGAGACUUACUGUUUUACGUGAGGAUCAAAUUCCUCGAGGUUUUCCAACCAUUGAUAUGGGCCCACAGCUGAAAGUGGUUGAACGAACUCGUACAGCUACCAUGUUAUGUGCAGCCAGUGGCAAUCCUGAUCCUGAAAUAACUUGGUUCAAAGAUUUCUUACCUGUUGACACAAGCAACAACAAUGGCCGCAUCAAGCAGCUACGCUCAGAAUCUAUUGGUGGUACACCAAUAAGAGGUGCCCUCCAAAUUGAACUGAGUGAAGAAUCUGACCAAGGCAAAUAUGAGUGUGUUGCAACCAACAGUGCGGGUACACGCUAUUCUGCCCCUGCCAAUCUAUAUGUCAGAGAGCUGCGAGAAGUUCGACGGGUCCCACCGAGGUUCUCUAUACCCCCAACAAAUCAUGAGAUCAUGCCUGGCGGGAGUGUAAAUAUCACCUGUGUUGCGGUGGGAUCACCAAUGCCAUAUGUGAAAUGGAUGCUCGGAGCAGAAGAUUUGACACCUGAAGAUGAUAUGCCAAUAGGGAGAAACGUCCUUGAGCUUAAUGAUGUCAGACAGUCUGCAAACUAUACUUGCGUUGCUAUGUCUACCCUUGGUGUUAUAGAAGCAAUAGCGCAGAUAACUGUCAAAGCCUUACCCAAACCUCCUGGAACACCUGUGGUGACAGAAAGCACAGCAACUAGCAUAACAUUGACUUGGGAUUCUGGAAACCCUGAGCCAGUUUCUUACUACAUAAUCCAACACAAACCCAAAAACUCCGAGGAGCCAUAUAAAGAAAUUGAUGGGGUGGCCACAACGCGUUACAGCGUGGCUGGCCUAAGCCCAUAUUCAGAGUAUGAAUUUCGGGUAGUUGCUGUAAAUAACAUUGGGCGAGGGCCACCCAGCGAGCCUGUGUCAACACGGACUUCAGAACAAGCACCUUCAAGUGCACCACGCAAUGUACAGGCCCGAAUGCUGAGCUCCACCACCAUUCUGGUACAGUGGGAAGAACCAGAGGAACCUAAUGGGCAAAUACAAGGCUACAGAGUUUACUACACCAUGGACCCCACUCAACACGUCAACAGCUGGAUGAAGCACAAUGUGGCUGACAGCCAUAUUACCACUAUUGGGAAUCUUGUACCCCAGAAAACAUACUCAGUGAAGGUUCUUGCUUUUACUUCUGUUGGGGAUGGACCACUUUCUAGUGACAUUCAAGUCAUCACUCAAACAGGAGUGCCUGGUCAACCAUUGAACUUCAAAGCAGAACCUGAGUCUGAAACAAGCAUACUUCUUUCCUGGACACCUCCACGGUCUGAUACCAUUUCCAGCUAUGAACUGGUUUACAAAGAUGGGGAGCAUGGGGAGGAACAACGGGUUUCCACGGAACCCACGACAUCGUAUCGUCUGCAAGGCUUGAGGCCAAACAGCCUGUACUUGUUCCGCCUAGCUGCACGGUCUCCUCAAGGCCUGGGUGCCUCAACAGCAGAAAUCUCAGCCAGAACCAUGCAGUCAAAGCCAUCAGCUCCUCCUCAAGACAUUAGUUGCACAAGCCCCAGCUCCACUAGCAUUUUGGUAAGUUGGAAACCUCCACCGGUGGAAAAACAGAAUGGCAUUAUCACUGCAUACUCCAUCAAGUACAUUGGAAUUGAUGGAGAAGAUGUCAAGCCCCAUGAAAUUUUGGGAAUUUCCUCGGACAGUACCCAGUACCUUUUGGAACAGCUGGAAAAGUGGACUGAGUACCGGAUCUCUGUGACUGCUCACACUGAUGUUGGACCUGGCCCAGAGAGCUUAGCAGUGUUGAUUCGGACAGAUGAAGAUGUUCCUAGUGGUCCUCCUCGCAAAGUCGAGGUGGAGGCUGUCAACUCCACUGCUGUUAGAGUGUCGUGGCGCUCGCCUGUGCCCAAUAAGCAGCACGGCCAGAUACGAGGCUACCAGGUCCACUACGUCAGGAUGGAGAACGGGGAGCCAAAGGGCCAGCCCUUGCUAAAAGACAUCAUGCUGGCCGAUGCGCAGUGGGAAUAUGAUGAUACUGCUGAACAUGAAAUGAUAAUUUCUGGGCUUCAGCCUGAAACUACAUACUCUUUUACUGUGACAGCCUAUACAACGAAAGGUGACGGAGCACGCAGCAAACCCAAACUUGUAUCUACUACUGGUGCAGUUCCAGGCAAACCUCGGCUUGUGAUUAGCCACACACAGAUGAACACGGCUCUAAUUCAGUGGCAUCCUCCAGUGGAAACUUUUGGCCCGCUGCAGGGCUAUCGCCUGAAGUUUGGUCGCAAAGACAUGGAUACAUUAACGACCAUGGAGUUCUCAGAGAAGGAAGAUCACUUCACAGCCACAGACAUUCACAAAGGAGCUUCUUAUGUCUUCAGGCUCUCAGCUAGAAAUAAAGUGGGCUUUGGGGAGGAGAUGGUUAAAGAGAUUUCUGUUCCUGAAGAGGUACCCAGUGGAUUUCCCCAAAAUCUCCACUCGGAAAGCUCUACUUCUACAUCAGUUCAAUUAACUUGGCAGAUGCCACUCUUGGCAGAAAGAAAUGGCAUUAUCACCAAAUACACCAUCUUGUACAGAGAUAUCAAUGUUGCUUACCAGCCAGUUGAACUCCCUGUUGUUCCUGCUGAUACCACUAUGACACUUUCUGGCUUAAAACCAGAUACCACUUAUGAUGUAAAAGUACGUGCCCACACAAGCAAAGGGCCUGGUCCAUAUAGUCCAAGUGUCCAGUUCAGGACACUACCCGUGGAUCAAGCAGUGUUUGCAAAAAAUUUUCAUGUUAAAGCAGUAAUGAAGACUUCUGUUUUGCUGUCCUGGGAAAUUCCAGAAAACUAUAAUUCAGCUUUGCCUUUCAAAAUCCUUUAUGAUGAUGGGAAAAUGGAGGUUGAUGGACGUGCUACUCAAAAGUUGAUCACAAACUUGAAGCCAGAGACAUCAUAUUCAUUUGUCCUGACAAACAGAGGGAAUAGUGCUGGCGGCCUUCAGCACAGAGUAACCGCAAAGACUGCGCCAGACGUACUUCGCACAAAGCCAGUCUUCAUUGGAAAGACCAAUUUAGAUGGCAUGAUAACUGUGGAACUUCCAGAAGUACCCUCAAAUGAGAAUAUAAAAGGCUAUUACAUAGUUAUUGUGCCUUUGAAGAGGUCUCGUGGAAAGUUUAUCAAACCAUGGGAGAGUCCAGAUGAAAUGGAAUUAGAUGAGCUGCUUAAGGAGAUAGCUAGGAAACGCAGAAGCAUUCGUCUUGGGAGAGAAGUUGAAUUAAAGCCAUAUAUUGCAGCUCACUUUGAAGUUCUUCCUACAGAAUUCACACUGGGGGAUAAGAAGCAUUAUGGUGGAUUUGAGAAUAAGCAGCUGCAGAGUGGUCAAGAAUACGUCUUCUUUGUGUUGGCUGUAAUGGAGCACUCAGAAUCUACCAUGUAUGCAACAAGCCCAUAUUCAGAUCCUGUUGUGUCAAUGGAUCUUGAUCCCCAGCCAAUUACAGAUGAGGAAGAAGGCUUGAUUUGGGUUGUUGGACCAGUUCUUGCAGUGGUGUUUAUCAUCUGUAUUGUUAUUGCUAUACUUCUUUAUAAAAGCAGUAAACCUGACAGGAAGAGGGCAGAAUCUGAUUCUAGAAAGAGCAGCAUACCCAACAGCAAGGAGGUCCCCUCUCACCAUCCCACAGAUCCAGUGGAGCUGCGACGCCUUAACUUCCAAACUCCGGCUUUGAGCAGUAAUUCAGUCCCCUACGCCUCCCUGAUUGGCUCUGUGUCCUCCCUCUCUAGCCAAACUACCAUUCAGUCCUUAUAUGAUAAUAACUCUCUCCCACGAUUCGCUCGAAAAGGUAUGGCCAGUCAUCCCCCAAUACCUAUUUUGGAACUUGCAGAUCACAUUGAAAGAUUGAAAGCAAAUGACAAUUUGAAGUUCUCACAGGAAUAUGAGUCUAUUGAUCCUGGUCAGCAGUUCACAUGGGAACACUCUAACCUGGAAGUUAACAAACCAAAGAACAGAUAUGCGAAUGUAAUUGCGUAUGACCAUUCUCGUGUUCUACUCUCAGCAAUAGAAGGCAUACCAGGCAGCGACUAUAUCAAUGCCAAUUACAUAGAUGGAUACAGGAAGCAGAAUGCAUAUAUAGCAACGCAGGGGGCACUGCCAGAAACCUUUGGUGACUUCUGGAGAAUGAUGUGGGAGCAACAAGGUGCAACAGUCGUCAUGAUGACAAAACUAGAGGAGAGGUCCAGGGUGAAGUGUGAUCAAUACUGGCCAAGCAGAGGCACAGAAACAUACGGACUAAUUCAAGUGACCCUUUUAGACACUGUUGAAUUGGCAACAUACUGUGUUCGUACAUUUGCACUUCACAAGAAUGGUUCAAGUGAGAAAAGGGAAGUAAGGCAAUUCCAGUUCACUGCCUGGCCUGACCAUGGUGUCCCAGAACACCCAACACCAUUCUUAGCUUUCCUGCGACGAGUCAAGACUUGCAACCCACCUGAUGCUGGACCUAUGGUUGUGCAUUGCAGUGCUGGAGUCGGCAGGACUGGCUGUUUCAUUGUGAUAGAUGCCAUGUUAGAGAGAAUAAAGCAUGAAAAGACUGUAGAUAUUUAUGGCCAUGUAACUCUAAUGAGAGCACAGAGGAAUUACAUGGUUCAAACUGAGGACCAAUACAUCUUUAUCCAUGAUGCACUACUGGAAGCAGUGACAUGUGGAAAUACCGAAGUGCCAGCCAGAAACCUGUAUGCAUAUAUCCAGAAGCUGACACAGAUAGAAACAGGCGAGAAUGUCACAGGAAUGGAACUAGAAUUUAAGCGUCUUGCUAGCUCUAAGGCUCACACUUCAAGAUUCAUCAGUGCCAAUCUUCCAUGUAAUAAAUUCAAAAAUCGCCUUGUCAACAUUAUGCCAUAUGAAUCCACAAGGGUAUGCUUGCAGCCUAUCCGAGGAGUAGAAGGCUCUGAUUAUAUUAAUGCCAGUUUCAUUGAUGGAUACAGACAGCAAAAAGCUUACAUAGCUACACAGGGUCCUUUAGCAGAAACAACUGAAGACUUCUGGAGAAUGCUCUGGGAGCAUAACUCUACAAUUGUGGUCAUGCUCACUAAACUACGAGAAAUGGGCAGAGAAAAAUGCCAUCAGUACUGGCCUGCAGAGCGCUCAGCCAGAUAUCAGUAUUUUGUGGUAGAUCCAAUGGCAGAGUACAACAUGCCACAGUAUAUUCUGAGGGAAUUCAAGGUUACAGAUGCAAGGGAUGGUCAGUCCCGAACAGUGAGGCAGUUCCAGUUCACUGACUGGCCAGAACAAGGAGUCCCAAAGUCUGGAGAAGGAUUUAUUGAUUUCAUAGGCCAAGUGCAUAAAACAAAAGAGCAAUUUGGUCAGGAUGGACCAAUUUCUGUUCAUUGCAGUGCGGGUGUUGGAAGGACUGGAGUAUUCAUAACCCUGAGUAUUGUGUUAGAAAGAAUGAGAUAUGAAGGUGUUGUAGACAUCUUCCAGACUGUCAAAAUGUUAAGGACACAGCGGCCAGCCAUGGUACAGACAGAGGAUCAAUACCAGUUCUGCUAUCGAGCCGCACUGGAGUAUCUGGGCAGCUUUGAUCACUAUGCAACAUAAAAACCCAUUGUGGAUUUUUAUUGCAGGCCCUUUAAGAUCCAGAGAGCCGCUUCUGAGCCAUACAAUGUGCUUUAGAAGUACUUCUUAACUCUUAGCUAAGGAGCAAUUAUUGGGGAUAUAUAAAAUAAAAAAUAAUUAAAAAAAAAAACAAAAAACAAAUGAACAAAGUAUUGGGGAUAUAUAAAACAAAAAAACAACAAAAAAAAACCCCACCCAACAAGAAGUAUUCCAUGUGGACCAAGAAUUCACAGUUUAAUAACCUAACCAUAAUAAAAGAAUCCUGACCACUGAGGCGUCUGAAGGAUCUCAUUUACAGAUACCUCAAGGGUUCGACAUUGGUUGAAGUUAAAGGGAAGAGGAAAUUUAAUCAGAAAGAGUGAUCAUCUUAUUCAGGAUUACAUUAUUUUGCAAAGAGGAGUUUUGAGAACUGCAGUUCAGUGCAAGAUGUUUGUGGCAAGGUUGGGUUCUGGCUUCUCAAACAAAGCGGACUCUUUACUUCAACAUCACCGUUUCCCAUAAUACUGCUCAUCAUAACACUUAAGGGAAAAUGUGGGAAUGUUUAAAAAGAAAGUCCUUGACUUAGUUUUUUAGUAUUGUAAAGAUACUGCUGACCUGUGCUUCAUUUUUAACUGUGUAAACUUUUUCCUUUUUUUAACAAGAGUUUAUCAUUCAAUGAAGUGAAUUAAAGAAAAGGUUGCAUAACUGUUAAUAUUUUUGUUUAAAAAUGUAGAUUUUUUUUUAAGCUGUAGAACUGUUAUCUGUACUAUUGUGCUGUAGAAAUGUUAGAUACUUUGAAAAUUUGCACAUUUUUGUGCAGUCCUACAGUACCACAGUCUUGUUAGAUAUGAAUUUUGUAGCUUUAUUUGGGUUAUUUUCCUUUAAGAAAAUAUUCAUUGUAAUCAGUUACAUCAAAAUGGGGCUUUUGGUUUAUUUUGGAAUCAACAGGGAGGCGCAAAGUAUAAAGAUGCUGCUAGCACAUACACACACACACACACAUAUGCACAUGCACACUCACACCCUCUCUUUUUUAUAUAUAUAUAUGUAUUACUGUCUACCCUUUUUUGACUCUCUGUAUAGUUGCAGAGAAUACAGAUGGAUUCAGAUACAGUUUCACACACAUGCACAUAAACAUAUCAAUCCUUACAUACCUGGAUUUAUGAAUGCAUUGGGAAAGUUUUUCCACAUACUACAAUUAUAUCAAACUACAAUUUGAUCAUCCCUGCAUUUUUAAGAUCCAUAAACUUCUGUUUCAAAGGGAAGUGAGGAAUGCACAUCAUUGAUAUUUGAAUGCCAUCUCUAUCCCAAAUAAUAUUUCUAUCCACAUUUCCACUUGAACACACACACAUAUGCACACAUGCGGAGCACACACAUGCACACACGCACACAGAGUAUGUGAUUUAGGCUUCAAGUGAAGUUCAAUAUUUGUAACACUAUAGUGCAAUAAGAAAUCAUAUUAUUAAAUGUAGGAGGUGUGCAUGUGGGAAAGGUCAGUGCAUAUCCCUUUAGGAGGGGAGAAUGUUGUAAUAUACUAGGUAUUAAGAUGUUUUAAAAUUGUAUUCAAUAGUAUACUGUCUAUAGUGUGCGCUAUAUAAUUUACAUUUAUCGUAUGUAACAGGGCAAAGCCAAACACACAUUGCUCUGUGAAAUCAAACAUUUUGUGGCAUAUAGCAUUGUUUGGGGAUGCUGGGGUUUAUUUUAAUUUUACAUUUAGAGUGCCUUAUAUUUGAUGCCUAUUUUGAAUAGUAUUUCUUUUAGUUAGCCUUCAUUUGUAUUUAGUUUAGUUUGUUUAUAUCUCUGUUGUUCUUUUCAAACAUUUUAAUACAUGUACCAGACAGUUUUGAAAAAUAUGCAUUUCCAGUUUCUAAUCAAGUAUGGAUGGUAAUAAAUGAUAACCCAAAACACAUAGGUAGUCAAGGCCCUUUAUCUUUCCAUCUUUCUAAUAACAGAAUAACCUACAAAUUGGAAAUCUAUUUCUGGUUGGCUUUUCAAACCCACUGUGUCACUGGUUAGUGUUAUCUGUCAUUGCCAAGCUGUAGCAGCAGAGUAGCAGUAGUUGACAUCAGCAGUGCUUCUGCAUCUUCUUUUUUUUUUUCUUUUUUUCCUUUUCCUUUUUCUGUUUCUCUUUUUUUUUUUUUUUUUUUUUUUUUUAAUUUAUAUCUGGCCAAGUCCUGCUCAUUCACUUGUGUCAACAGAUUGCUAAAGUCAAACCCUUGCUCUCAGUGGGAAGGUUCAUAGGUUUAUGCAAGGCUAGCAAGAAUGAGCCCACAUGACAUAUUGGAGAUUGACAGAUUUUAUUCCAGGAAAAAUGAAAAUUCUCUAAACAGCACAAAGUACUUUUUGAGACUCUUUCUAGAAUGCCAUUUACAUUGACCUUGGUCACCAUGUGUUCUGCCAUUGUUAGUACAUCAGGAUCAAAGGAUGCUUUCUUUGGGGUUUCAAAUAGGAGCAUUGCUGUGGCUUCUCCAUGUGGCCUCAACAUUUUUAGUUCUUCUUCCAAUUUUCCCACUCCUAUGAGAAAUAAAAAUAAGAAAGACCAAACUCCAGCAAUUGUAUUUGAGCACUUUUAUAAUGAAAAAAAACCCAAACCAAAAAAAUCAAAACAGAAAUAUAACUAUAACUAUAACUGUAACUAUAACUAUAACUAUAACUAUAUAUAUAUAUAUAUAUAUAUAUAUAUAUAUAUAUAUAUAUAUGGAAUAGAAGUAUUAUAGAAGGCUACCUCAGAAUGAGAUUCUAUAACUUACAUCUGAACCAGAGAAGAAUGUGCACUGUGUUUGUUUCUUUUCUUCUUUCUUGGUUUAUAUGUUGAAAUAAUUAUUGAAAUGCCAGGUUAUGUAGUGUGGUCAUGUUCUUCAACUUAAAUACAGGAAAUCAGAAAUAGAAAAAGAAAACAAAGUGUCAUUUUGAAAACAUAGACUAAGGUAUGUUCCUGCACACUGAAUCUGUACAAAGAUCAGUGCAUUUUCCAUAGCAGACUGUCUUGAAAACUCCAACAAAAAUAAGGGAAUUAAAGAAAUACAAAAGCAGAGCCAGUUUGUGAGAAAAAGUGUUGUACAACUGAGUACUUCUUUCAGGGUUUUGUUUCUUAUGAUAGGUCUUAGCAUCAUUGAUGUGCAUUCCACUUUCUGUAUUCUAAUAUAUGCAUCUACAUUUAAUUUAAAUUGUGAGCAUCUUUGUCUACAUACAUCAUACAUUUCCAAGCUUAAAAUUGGUUUCAUCAGCAUAACCAGUACGGUGCUAUUAUUUAUGUUUCUAUGUGUAGUUAUGUCUAAUUUUGUAAUUAGUUGCAAUGGGAAAAAAAACCCACAAAAUAUAUAAAAAAUGAUUUAUACAAAACUUUAAUUUAGCUCUUUUUAAAAAAUUUAUUUGAGUGGUUAGAUAGUGGAGAAGAUGGCUGGGGAAAGGAGUGACCUUCUAAGGAGAUUUGCACUUUCUAUAUAUACCUUUGUACUAUGCACUGCCCUAUUGAUUCUACACCCAAUAAUAAUUUGAACCCAUCUGUAAGAAAUUGCCUACAAAAUCCACUUGUAUGUAUUUAAAAGACACAGAACAUGUAAAGAAAAAGCAGCUGCUUUUUUUUCCUUUUGUUCUCUCCCAUUUUUAUUUAUGUUUCUUUUUCUUCUUUUUUUUUUUUUUUUUUUUUCCCUUGGUGCCCUGAUACUCCACAGAUAUCAGAAGGCUGCAGGUCUCAUUAUAACCAUCCGUUAUGUGGCUUUGCCAUUCAAGCUUGGAGUGUCUUUACAAAGAUAAUAAAAACUUGUGUUCUUUGCUCUUGUUUUGGAUGCAUAGACUGAAAAACUUUAAAAAUUUACCUUGUAAAAUGGCUUGUUAAAAAAGAUACAAUUACCUCUAAUUAGUAGUACGCGUAAAUGUUUUACAGAAUGAAAGGCGUGCUUUUUAUUUUCUUACUUCGUUACAUUGGUGGCAAAAGGAAGUCUGUAUGAAAAUCAGUUCUUUGCUGACACAAGUUCCAUUUGUUACAGAUGAAUUCUAAUAAAAUGUCAGUGUUAUGCAGCCCUGGUCUUCUUUCUUAAGCAGUACUUUUGAAAUCAAAACUUGUUUGGUCCCUCUUGGUGAUAAAGGAGUUUAAUUGAAACUACAAAGCAGUCAUUAAUCUUCUUAACUAGCUGCUGGACAGUGGAAAAUGCAUUCUUAGGUUAGCAAAUAUAUAUCAUCUUCAGCAGCAAGCUUUGAGCCAGCACAGACAAACCCUUUGGCAUAAUUUCUCAUAGUUUCAUGAGCUUAAUUGAAAUUACCACACUUUACAUGCCUCUGGAGUUCCCCUUUGUGCUUUAGAAAUGUAUCACUACACUGAGAAAAUAGAUUCCACUCCAUUCAUAGGUGCAACUCAAAGAGGGUAAAAUAUCCACACAUUUGAGGUAAAUUGUAAAUUUUUAAUUUCUCCAGAUUUGGCAGCUUCUGGGGUAAAUCCAAAGUCACUUGUCAGAAUUCAGUCCCUGAAACUGUGGCAAGCUGUCAUGAGUUUUGACUGAUUUCUGUUAUGCACUGCAUAUGCAGUGAGUGCAAAUGUGAAUCUGUGAGGCUACUAUCAAAAUACUAUGGUAGAGUUUUUAAACACGUUGGAAAAGUUUUAGAUUAAUAAACACACCAGAUGUAUCGAGGCAAGCUACAAGGGGCAUGGCAUGGCAAUCUAUUCAAAGAAAACAAGUCUUGCUCUGUCUGCUUGUUUUGAAAGAAGGCAGGUUCUGUCUCCAAGAUUACUUUGUAAGGGAAUACAGUCUAUUAGCAAUUAGUAUUAAGUAAAUGUUAAUAUAGAAUUCUCUGUGCUGGAAGGAUGUGCAAGACAUUAACAUUAGGGUGAUUUCUAAGAACCUGUAUUGUUCUUGGCAUAAUUUCCACUUGAAGAUGGUGAUAAUAGUGUAAAUGUGAAGCCUUGGUAUUCUUACAGAGGCCUAUUAAUGUUUUUCCACUGACUUCUGUGGAUUUUACAAUUACUGCAUUGCAGGCUGCCUUUGACUUGAACCUUUUUUGCAUAGUCUGUGCAAGGUGGUUUAGAGCUGUGUUAUGUAAGGGUUUCUUUAACUAUCUGAGUGGCUUUAGAUGGUACCCUUUAAUGUCAGCAUUGACUUCUUUGGAUUUUCCUGUUCUGUGCGUCUAGCAUGGACCAUAAUAAAGUGUGAAAAUGAGUAUUGACAAAAA